AUGGAGAACGAAAAGGGAGAGAUCGUCGAUCUCUACGUCCCCCGCAAAUGCUCGGCCACCAACCGCAUCAUCAAGGCCAACGACCACGCCUCUGUGCAACUUGCCGUUGGCAAAGUUGACGAGAACGGCCGCUACACCGGCGAGAACCAGGUCUACGCUCUCUGCGGAUUUGUGCGUGCUCGCGGCGAGGCCGACGACUCGCUUAACCGCCUUGCACAGAAGGAUGGAUACUUGAAGAAUGUCUGGAGCGCUCAGCGAUAA